AUGUUCUUUGCAAAGAUACCCGUGGCUAUAUUUGCCAUACUUGGUGCUGCUCUUGCCCAGCAUGGCCCAGAUUGGGAUGCUGCCAACGCAGCCCUCGGCAACACCGUCAAUUGGGAUUCUACCUCGGCCCAAACAUGCGCGCAGCAACACUGGUCUGAAAUUAAGGCUGGUGUUGACCCCCAGCUGAAGGUCCUGUGGCAAUUUAUGCCGCCAAAUAUCAAAACCUCGCUGACCCAAAGCACUGUUGUUGGCAAGAACAAUCUGCUUGCUUCCAAUGCGCCACCUGGAUCAGCCAUUUCGCAAGCUGCGCACCUUUUCCCUGCUGGAAUUUUCAGCCCGUAUGCUGACAAUAUUGCCUUAAACUGCUUGGCCACUUCCAUUCCCUCGACCCCUUCUACGGUAACUUCAACCACAAGCACUAAUAGUCCAACUACCAGUUUUACUAGCACUGGGUUCAGUGAUACUGCCGAGUCUAGUGAGUCCAGCGAGUCCAGGGAGUCCAGCAAGUCCAGCGAGGCCGUUGAGUCAAGUGAGUCAAGUGAGUCAAGUGAGUCCAGCGAGACUGCUGAGUCCAGCGAGACUGCUGAGUCCAGCGAGACUGCUGAGUCCAGCGAGACUGCUGAGUCCAGCGAGACUGCUGAGUCCAGCGAGACUGCUGAGUCCAGCGAGACUGCUGAGUCCAGCGAGUCCAGCGAGACUGCUGAGUCCAGCGAGUCCAGCGAGACUGCUAGGUCCAGUGAGUCCAGCGAGACCAGCGAGACCAGCGAGGCCGCUGAGUCCGAGGAGUCCAGGGAGGCCGCCGAAUCAACCUCCACAUUGUCCACGACCACACGCCACACCAUCACCGUUACAGUCAACAAGUGCCCCUUGCCCACACAGUGAUAACUGAGUUUAUAAAAACAAUAACUUUUAUUUAUCAAUAUAUAAAGUGGAUAAA